AUCACACCAUCAGGACAGAAUCGAUUUAGAUAUUAUCUCUCAUCACUAACAACUAUCAGUAAUGUGAUAUUUAGACAUAAUAAAUCGGCCAUAUCAUAGAAUUUGACGGAAACAGUUGUAAGGCAGGUCCAGUUUCAGAAUGUUCCGCCAGUGCGCGAGUCUGGUGGAACGACACCGGUCAGAGCUGAGUCUCGCAUUGCUGUUGUCAGGCUAUGCGCUCUACCUGCUUCUUGGCGCAUGGGUCUUCUCAGCCGUUGAGCUUCCAUAUGAGCAACGGCUGCGCGAACAGCUGGAGACCGUCCGGCAGGAGUUUCUCCGGGACAACGCGUGCGUGUCUGACGAACGGCUCGAGGAGCUUCUGUCCCGCGCGCUGGAUGCCAAUAACUACGGCGUGUCGGUGCUCGGUAACGCUAGUAAAAACAACUGGGACUUCACCUCCUCUCUGUUCUUUACCAGCACAGUUCUGACCACAACAGGUUAUGGCCACACUGUACCACUGUCAGAUGGAGGAAAGGCAUUCUGUGUGUUCUACUCUCUCCUCGGAAUCCCCGUCACUCUCCUCUUCCUUUCCGCCCUGGUACAAAGAAUUAUGGUCCUGGUGACACGCCGGCCUGUGGUGUACCUUCACCUGCGAUGGGGCAUGUCCAAACCAACGUUGGCCGCUGUCCAUGCGGCAUGUCUAUCCUCUGUUGCAGCACUGCUCCUCUUCCUCCUACCAGCGGUAGUGUUCUGCAGGCUGGAGCCUCAAUGGAGCUACCUGGAGUCCCUCUACUUCUGCUUCAUCUCGCUUACUACAAUUGGCCUAGGAGACUAUGUACCUGGAGAGACUCACAGCACCGUUCCCAACUCUCACCGCACGCUAUAUAAGCUGGCUAUUACACUGUACCUGUUGCUGGGCUUGGUGUGUCUGUUGGUGGUGCUAGAGACUUGUUGUGAGCUGCCACAGCUGAAGAGUUUCACGAGGAGAUUCUACAGAGAAAAGAAAGCUCCAGAGUCAGAGACCAGAGACCAGGAGGAGUUUAGCAGCACAGAACAUGAUCAAAUGACUGACCACCUAACUGAUCAGCUGACCUUCUCCUCAGUGUCUGCCCAGGCCGCCUCCCUCCGCCAGGACAACACCCCCUGGCAAUAGAAUAAAAUAGAUACUUCACUGACUGAUGAGAAUGGAAAUGUGUCUUCUGCCUUCCUCAUUCAAACAAAUUAGCUACAUCCGUAUGAAUGAGAGAUGUGUGGCUAACCAGUGUUGUUGUGGGAUUCGCGAUUACUCUAGACCAGGGUUUCCCAAACUCAGUCCUGGGCCCCCCCUGGGUGCACGCUUUGGU